AUGGCUUUGAAUAAUUGUUCAAGGGUGGAAGAGUUCGUUCUUCUUGGAUUCUCACACACAGGAGGAAUGAAUAUUGUUUUGUUUACAAUUAUCCUAGUGUUCUACGUUUUGACAAUUGCAGGCAAUGGCCUCAUCAUUGUGACUGUGAGAGCUGAUCAUCAGCUACAGAAGCCAAUGUAUUUCUUCCUUAGCAACCUCUCUUGCCUUGGGAUGGGCCAUACCACUGCUACUGUUCCUAAGAUGUUAGUCAACCUUCUCUCGGAAAAGUCCACCGUCUGCUUCUACUGCUGCAUGGUGCAGAUGUUCAGUUUCUUCUUCUUCGGUGUGACCGAAUUUUUCAUCCUGACUGUCAUCUCCUUCGAUAGGUACUUAGCCAUCUGCAAUCCACUGAGAUAUUCCACCAUCAUGACUUCCAACCUCUGCCUUCUGCUUGCAGUGGCUUCCUGGGCUGGGGGAUUUUUCUCCAUCAUUUACCAAGUGAUAAUGGUGGCGACACUUCCCUUCUGUGAUUCUGACACUGUCAAUCAUUUCUACUGUGAUGUAGGACCAUUGUUGAAAAUUGCAGGUGGGGAAACACAGCUGAUUGAAAUCCUGAAUUUCCUUGUGGCCGUGGCUGUGAUAUUAACUUCUCUACUCUUGACGGUGAUCUCUUAUGUCUUCAUCAUCUCCACAAUUCUUCGCAUCCCUUCAACAAGCGGGCAGAAGAAGGCCUUCUCCACUUGUACCUCUCAUCUGACUGUGGUAAGCAUAUACUAUGGAGCGGUCCUUUUCAUCUACUUAAGACCAAGCAUCACACACUCCUCUUUCAGCCUCAACAAAGCUGUCUCUUUGCUGAACACUGUGGUCAUCCCAAUGCUAAACCCUUUCAUUUACACCAUCAGGAACAUGGAAGUUAAAGAGGCACUAAGGAAAAUCUUCAGAAGAAAGACACAGACUUCAAGAAAGACUCUGCAUCAAAGGGAAAUGUAG